CUUGAACUUAUUCGAUAUUUGGAAAUUUUUCGAAUUACGUUGUUAACAAUGGCUAAUCAAUUAUCAGAAAUUUUCUACAGAGCUAAUACAAACGUAAAAAGUGUUUCUUGUGCAAUUCCAGUUCAUUUAAGAUCGGAAUUAGUAAAGAAAAAAGUGUGUCCCACCCAAGGAUUUCCACAAUCACAAGGUACCACAUUAAUAACUCGAUUUAUUACUAUUAUCAAUCUAUUGAAUUCGCAUUUAACAAAUGGUUCUUGGCAUCAUUGUUGUGGCGUUUAGAAUAACGAUUAAAGAAGAAAAAAUGUGGUCUUCGUGUAUGGCCCCACAGGGCCACAAUUGCCCCAGUAGUUUGUUGUCUCGCUCUCAGAACGGAGCUUACAAACAACAAAAUAGAGAGUUUGGACUAUUUGUGAAUUCAAUACCUCUGUCUUCGGCGAAAUCUUUUAAGAAUCCGAAUUUCCUUAAUGAUUUCAAAAACCACUGUCACAUAAUUGACAAAAUCAGGGAGAAAUGCCCAGAAGUUAUCCCAAAGUUUGAGCAAGUUCAUCAACAGCAACCAACAUUCACAAGUAGUUUAUCAAGCAUGUGUGUGGAUAGUGAUAAUAACAUGAUUUCUAAAAAACAAAGAAAAAGGGAACAUCAUAAAGGCAAGAAACAUAUGCACGCUGGCAAGAAAUCUAAACAAUUAUCACAGAAGAAAGAAAUCAAAGAACUAAUGCAAAUUGAUAGCAGUCAAGAUGUCGCCAAUUUCUCUAUGUCUAUGGAUAUUAGUUUCAGUCAAAAUCCUCAAGAGGAGCCUCACAAUUUUAUCCUUGCAGAUUUUAUUGCACAAAAACCUUUAAAAGCCCAUCCACCUCUAAGGAAAACUGACCCUAUUCACAUACCAAUUAGCAAAGGUGCAGAGAUGUUUGUUAUGAUAUCACCCUCACCUAGCAGCAAAAAUUUUACUCAAUUCUCACUUACUGACAGUGAAGAUUCAUUUAUUGUUUUUGAAAAAAGUGAUGAUGAUGAUGAUGAUAAUGAAGAAGAACCUGAAGAACAAUCUCUUAUUAAUAUAAAAAAAGUACAAAGGCAAAAAUAUCCAUCAGUUUGUGAGAGUGAGGAUAGUUUUAUAGUAUUUGAUGGAGGAGAUGAGGAAACUGACGAUGAUACAUCAUUUUUAAGCAGUUCUGAAGAGGAAAGUAGUUCCGAAGAUGAGGAGGCGUCUAAAUUUGAUGAAGUUGAUUGUUCCGCUGCUCAUACUUCAUAUUCUCAAACAGACAGAACAAGAGAUAAAAAGAAGGUUAGAUUUGUCUCUGAUGAAAAACUCUGCGAAGUACACUCGAUGAUCAAAUGGUCCUUUGCUUACCAAUCAGCCAGAAAAGGUCCCUGGGAGAUGUACGCGAGAGAUCGUUGCAGAUUUAAGGACAGAAUCUUGAGAGUGGAAUGGGACAUCAAGAACAUUUUCAAUCGGAAGCAUAGGGAGAGAAUUUAUAAGGAGAGGUUUGAGAAUUUCAAAUAAUGUGAAUUUGAUACUUUACAUUGAGGCACAAAAUUAAAUAAUCAUUACAUUAUAAUUAUUGUAGCAGCCAAAAGUGUGUCAAGUUCACAGAAUAAAAUUGACUUGGGUAAUGAUAGUCUUGGGAACUUUCACUUAAAUUCAGGCCUUGCAAGUAUUUUUUCAUGGAUCAGAAUUAUAGUUGAUUUUUUUUUUUUGACUAUCAUGUCAAGUCCUGAUAACGAAAAUCAAAAAUAGGAGAGAUAUUUUUUAGUUGACUGUUGACUGUCUUGCUUUUCAAGUAUCAUGCUAUAUUUUUUUAAUUUGCCUUAUUGCAAUGAAAUUUUUCAUAAUAUACUGGGUAGGUAUAUAUUUUAAGUGAUACCACUAUUGCUAUAUCCGAAACGGUAAGAGCUACAAGGUCAGUUGAAUUAGAAAAAAGUUGCCUUUUUUGAUACCCAUUCAAGACUUGUUUACGGUGUUGCCAAAAUCCUUUUAGUUUAUGAAAUACAUGGUGAUUUCUAAGAAACACCUAAAAUUAUUUCAUCAAUUAUUUUGUAAACUAUUGAUAUUUGAGACACAAUUUAAAUUUGAAAGUUUUGUACUUUUUUUCGCUCUUCAACAUGGCAUCUUCAAAUUUUAAAUCCGACGUUUCGAGAUUGAGCUACCAUCAUCAACUUCAUUUUUUUAAAUGCGGACCUGGAUUAUUUAUGUCAUUUUUAGAAACUACCCUUUACUCCCUUUGUAAAAAUGACAUAAAAAAAAUCCAGGUCCGCGUUUAAAAAAAUGAAGUUGAUGAUGGACCAUCACAAUUUAAAUUUGAAAGUUUUGUUAUUUUUUUGCUCUACAGCAUGGCAUCUUCAAAUUUUAAAUCCGACGUUUCUUGUUUGAGCUACCAUCGUCAACUUCAUUUUUUUAAACGCGGACCUGGAUUUUUUAUGUCAUUUUUACAAAGGGGGUAAAGGGCAGUUUCUAAAAAUGACAUAAAGAAAUCCAGGUCCGUAUUUAAACAAAUGAAGUUGAUGAUGGUAGCUCAAUCACGAACUGCCGGAUUCAAAAUUUGAAGAUAUCAUGUUGUAGAGAAAAAAAAAAAACUAUAAAACUUUCAAAAUGUAAAGUGUGUCCCGGAAAUCAAUAGUUUUCGAAAUAAUUGAUGAAAUAUUUUUGGGCGUUUCUUAGAAAUCACCCUGUAUUUCAUAAACUAAAGGGAAUUUGACAACACUGUAAACAAAUCUUGAAUGGGCAUCAAAAAGGGCAACUUUUUUCUAAUUUAAUCGACCUUUUGCCUCUUACCAUUUCGGAGAUAACAAUAGUGGUAUCACUUAAAAUAUACACCCUGUAUAUGGUUAAUUGAAGAAUGAUUCGUGUAAGUAAUUUAUUAUUGGGGACCAUUUUCUGGACAAUGAACUUCUGACUAAAUUAAUGUGUUCAUAUAUUUAUUUAAAUCACAUGUCAGUAUCAUAAUUAUACAGCAUGAUAUUUGAUAAAUUCUUUAUCAUAAGGCUGUGAUAAAUUCUGUUUUGUUGUACAUAUAAAAACAAUACAAGUAUUGGCUAAUGCAAUAAAUCAAUUCCAUAGUAUAUUCAAAGUUUUUUCCUGAAUUCUUAUUAUUCAAACCAAAUUAUCAAUGUGUUCGAAAUCUUGUUUGGUGCUUAUGUCUUGCUGAUAUCUUGUUACCAGAGUUUUUCAUUGUGUAUUAAACAAGUUCACAGGAUUUCUAACAAGAAUAACUGAAACUUAUUGUCUUACCAAUGCCCUGAUAGAUAAUUUUGAGUGAAUACUCUUGCAUCUAAAGUCUGUUCAAAAUAUUAUCAAAAAGCAAAUGAAUGCGGCUUGCAUCCUUCAUCUCUUGAUUGCAUAUCUUGGGACAGUCUAGUCAGAGUAAAUCCUUCAUAUUUACCCUGCAUUGAUUGAUGGUCAUUAAGCCUGAAAAAAGUGGAUAAUUCUAGUACGUACACAGUGAAAAGCUAUAAAUAUAAGUACAUUCAUAUUUUUAAGUGUAUUAUAUUAUAUAAUAGGAAAAUGUAUUUUAGUUCAAGUAUAUGUAUAUGUAUAUUCAUUUUGUUCUGUGACUAGUUAUUAAACAAUAAAGUUAAGGUAUUAUAGAAUUA